AAAGUCUGCUGCUGAAUGUUCAGUGACAACGUAAGACUCAUCGCCUUCAAUAUAAAGAAAGCAGGGUGUUUCAUCUCAUUCUUGCUUACAAACAAUCUAUGCUUGUUUAGUGAAGGUGUAUCAGCAGAUUAUGAGUGAAGAAGGAGUAAUGGCAGGGACAAGUACUCCGAAAUCAUCUGCUGACAUUGAACUACAGCCACAUCACUCUAUUGACAUCACAACAGCUCAACCAAAUUUUCCUUCAUCUAUAUAUGUUUCUGAUAGAGAAAAGUACCAAACCAUCUGUUUGCCGCUCUAUGAAGCUGCACUCAAAGGUGAUUGGCAUGCUGCUCAAGGAAUCAUAGGCAAAUAUCCACAGGUGAUAAAUGUGAGCAUUACUAUGUAUCAUGAUACUGCUCUUCACAUUGCAUCAUCGACGAAACACACUCACUUUGUAGAAGAGCUAGUGAAGUUAAUGCAAGCGGAGGACCUGGAACUUCAAAACUCUUACUUGAAUACAGCGCUCUGUUUAGCAGCAGCAGCUGGAACUGUUAAAAUUGCAGAGAUAUUGGUAAAAAAGAACCCAAACCUUCUCACAAAGCGGGGAGCCAACAAUAUGUCACCACUCUCCUUGGCGGCUUUGUUUAGACACAAUGGCAUGGUUUCAUGUCUUUAUUCUAAAAGUAAUAAUAUGACGGAUGAUGAGUGGACUGGCACGGACAGAGUAAUGCUACUGCAGGCUUGUAUCAGUGCAAAUCUUUAUGGUAAGCUUUCUUUAGAUAUUGCACUGAAAUUAUUGCACCAUCACAAGAAAGAACUGGCUUUGGCAACUGACAAGAAUGCACUACACGUUUUGGCCAGAAAUCCAUCAGUAUUGGAGGAAACAACGCAGGCUUUUUUUUGGAGACUAUUUAAUCCUUUACUUUUUGGACCAAAAAUAAGUUCUGAUCAUAAGAAGAAAUGUCAAGCACUUGAUAUACUCCGCAUUAUAUGGAGGGAGGUUGCUAAACUGGAGCAUGAUGACAUGUUGAACAUAAUCAGAGUCCCUUCAGAAACAGGAGAUAAAUGUCAACUUCUGUUUGUUGCUGCUGCAUUGGGCAACACUAGAUUUUUAGUCGAGCUUCUUCGGUUGUCUCCUGAGUUGUUAUGGAAGAAAGACAACAAUGAGCAUACAAUUUUCCACGUUGCAGUUUUACAUCGCCAGGAGAAUGUCUACAAUCUCAUAUACGAGAUAGGCUCAGGUAAGGACAUUAUAACUUCUUCCAGGGACUCAGAUGGCAACAGUAUACUACACUUGGCCGCCAUGAAGCCAGAACAAAGUCGACUCCAUGCUGUCUCAGGGGUAGCUCUUCAAAUGCAAAGGGAAUUACUCUGGUUCAAGGAAAUUGAAACUGUUGUGCAUCCUUCUUUAAGAGAAAUGAAGAACAAACAAGGAAAAACACCGCAAGAUUUAUUCACUGAGCAGCACGCGGAACUGAUGGAAAAAGGGGAAACCUGGAUGAAGGACACAGCAGCUCAGUGCAUGGUUGUUGCAGCCCUUAUAGCCACAAUGACAUUUGCUGCAGCUUUCACUCUACCAGGUGGUACCAAUGGCGACAAUGGGCAGCCAAUAUUCAAAGACAGAAGCGCCUUCAUAGUAUUCAUAAUAACAGAUGCUGUGUCCUUGUUCAGCUCCUCAGCCUCCAUUCUCAUGUUCCUGGCCAUUCUCACAGCACGUUACGCGGAAAACGAUUUCUUAGUGUCUUUGCCUCUGAAACUAAUGAUCGGGCUCCUAACACUUUUCAUCUCGAUUGCCACAAUGAUGAUAGUUUUCAGUGCAAGCUUCUUCUUGGCUUAUACAAAAGGUGUGAAAUGGGUUCCUUAUCUCAUCAGUUUUCUUGCUGGUCUGCCUGUUGUUAUGUUUGCUGCUCUGCUGUAUCCCCUCUUCUUUUCUGUGGUUCGUUCAACUUACGGUUCCAGGCAUCUCUUCAAACCUACAAAACACGUACUAUACUAAAGACUUCCUCAGUUUGGCACGGUUAAUUAUAAUUUAGAUCACUUAUUCAUUUUAAUAUAUCAAAUAUAUUAUCGAUAAAUUUUUAAACAA